UUUUCCUGACUUUACCUUGAAUCCUCUUCCCUCCUGGUGACUGGUGUUCUUUCUUUUUUCUUUCUCUCUCUUCUCUCAACAACCGUUCUGCUUCUGCUUCUGUUCCCAAAGUCGCCAACUUUGUUUAGAUUUUCUUAUACCAGGUAUCGCAGUAGUAAUGGAAGACACAACGUUUACAAAGGUGUUCGUUGGAGGGUUAGCAUGGGAAACCCACAAAACCUCUCUCAGGAACUACUUCGAACAGUUUGGGGACAUUACUGAAGCUGUCGUGAUCACUGAUAAGUCUAGUGGCAGAUCCAAAGGCUAUGGCUUUGUGACUUUUUGUGAUCCAGAGGCAGCUCACAAGGCAUGCGUAGAUCCAGCUCCUGUCAUCGACGGAAGGAGAGCAAAUUGCAAUCUUGCGGCUUUUGGUGUUCAGAGAUCCAAACCUUCUUCUCCAGUUCACGGACACACAGGAGGCAGAGGCGUGAAGGUCACAAGCCCUUUCAAGACCCACUUUGGGGCUGCAGCUGCUCUUCCUUCUCCACUUCCAUUCUCUCACUAUACACUUCCUUACACUAAUCCUUUUGGGUUCUCUUCGUACUCAAUGGAUUACCAUUACCCCAUGAGCUAUUACAAUGUUUAUGGAGGGGCAACUUCUCAGCAGCCGAUGUAUAGCGCAGGACCAAUGACUGGUGUCGCAGCAGCAGCAGCUGCGUACUAUCCAUAUCUCCAGUUUGCUGAAGGAAAUGGACCCGUCACUGGUUAUGCUCCUCUCCACUACCCCAACCAAAUGUUUCACUAUUCCUCUGGGGGAAACUACCCACAUCACAAUGGUUCACCAGUGUCUCUUGCACCUUCACCUGUCAUCCCAUCAGUGUGCUUUGCAGUUCCACAGGCUUGACCAUGAAGGGAUGAUUUGCUCUGUAGAGGCCUUAUUCGUUUAAAUCCUUAAGGCAAGCUGCUUCGUUUACUAGUUUCAUCUGCAUGCCUCAAAGUUCCACAAGACCUGUGGCCUAACCAUGGUUGCCCUUUUCCCUUUGUGCUUCUAACCCUUUAGACAAGAGCCCAUAAAUUUGGAGUUUGGGCAUCUUUGCAAGUUCAAGUUAAGUCUCACAUAGGGGUUUAACUUGGACCAUAGUCAUACACAUUAUUCAUCUUUUCGCAUUGCAUCACGUGCUUCUGAACGAAAGGUUUCGUUCAAGAUAGCUUGUACAAAAGGUAUCAACUUAAGUAAGAGUUACCAUGUCUUGCAUAGUGCCCCAGAAAGGCAAAGCAUUUUUGUAGACAAACUUAAAAAAAAAAAAAACUUUAGGAUUGGCUGAUCAACAAGAAAGGAAAUAAGGAUUUCCCGGGAAGUGAAUUGCCACCACCUGGAAGUGUUUGAAGUAGUGUGUUCAAAGGUGGGCACACUACUUCACGCAGAAUCCAAUUUUAAUGUGUAGUCUUAGGAUGAUUAGAUCUAGGACUAUGUAGCUAGGACAAGGACAAAAGUCACAUAAACUUCCUUUGAGGAGAAAGGAAGUAAUGUUGCUUGUCAACUCCUGUAUAUUCUCGGUGGCUAAGCUUUGGAGUUAUAGACACACUUGAAACUAACUUUAGAGUAAGAUCAUUUUUUAAGAAUUUAGAUUGCUCAUCAUAGUUUCAACCAACCUCCACUAAUGGAAAUGUGGGGUCAUUGCAUUUGCAUUUUUUUUUUCUUUUGCCUCUUGGGGAGAUAUUUUGGUUCCCUUUAGGUUCUUCUCUUAACAUCAACUAAAUCAGUUGACAAAACAACCAUGGUUAGGAUUCAGGUGAGAGGUACUUAUCGCCUCCUUAUCUCUCUUUUACUCUUUCCUCUGUUUCUUCAAGACUAAAAAAAACUCUACAGACUCUUUUAUGUAUUUUUGUUGUUUAUCUUGUAAGCGUGUGAUUCUGAUUCUGUGUAAGAAAACAAAACCUUCAUUUUUCAUCCACGGUGGGUGGAAAAUGAAAUUGUGUGAUUGCAAUAUAUCCCUUUGAUAUGAUAUAAUCCUCUCUUUAUGACUUGUGGAAAUG